AUGGGGAAUGAAGCUGCUAAGAAGUUCACUUGGGUGAUUGAAAAAUUCUCCUCUCUUGGUUCCGAAGGAGUUUAUUCUGAUACAUUCGUGGCUGGUCGUUGCAAAUGGCGUCUACUCGUCAACACUCGUGGUUAUAGUAACAGUUACUACUCUCUGUUUAUAUGUGUUCCUACUUCUGAAUCUUUGCCUUCCCGAUGGAGAAGACACGCUAAAUGUUCCAUUACUAUGGUCAAUCAAUUUACAGGAGAACUCUCUUAUCUGCAAGAAAGACAAUGUCGGUUUGAUCAAAAGAACCCAAAAUUGGGUUUUACCAUGUUUUGUUCAUCCGAGGAUAUUGGUAGACAUGAUAAUGGGUUUCUAGUAAACGAUGAAGUCAAGAUUGUUGCAGAAAUUGAUGUUCUCGAAGUUAUUGGUAAAUUAGAUGUGCCAGAGGAAACUAAGGGAAUCAUUGAUAUCAAUGGGUUCCAAGUUCCUGUUUCACAGGUAGAAUCUGUGAAAAGUCUGUUUGAAAAGCACCCAGGCUUUUCAUCAAAGCUCUGUCCCAAGAACCCACAUUUGAGAAAAGCGUAUUUGAAUGUUAUACUAAGUCUGACUGAAACUCUCAGCAAGUCCCCUGAUGAACUCUCUAAUGGUGAUCUGGCCGAGGCAUACUCUGCACUACGAUAUGUGACAAAUGCAGGGUUUAAGUUGGAUUGGUUGGAGAAGAAACUGAAAGAGUCUGGUGUGACUCGGCUGCAAGAAAUUGAGGAAGAGUCAGAAGACUUGAAGAUCAAGUGUGCAGACAUGGAUGCUCUGCUUAAGUUCUUACGGUGA